AUGGAGCCCGUGCGGUUCCCUGUGGCCGCGCCGGCGGAGAUUCCUGCUCCUGCUCCGGCCGGUUCAAGUGCGGACGCCCAGAUCUAUCGGCCGGCAGCAUCCUGCGGGGAUAAGGCUCAGGGGUCCGAGCACUCAAUAGAGCAGUUGGACCCAAAGACACCAGGAUGGACGCAAAGGGUGCGUGUAGGUGCUGCUGCUCCAGGAAGGCCUCCUUGUGCGGACAGGAUCACGGCGCUGGAGAAAACCAUUAGAGAGUUUGCGGAUCAUCCAAGAGACAUAGUUAUGGUGCCAAAGAUUGGAACAAGUUUCGACACCCUCGGAGAAGCAUACGACUUUUACAAUUUAUACUCAUGGGAGAAAGGGUUUGGAAUUCGCUACGGAAAGAGUAGGCUGAACGUGAACAGGAGCAAGUGUAUGCAAGAGAUCGUGUGUGGAUGCGCGGUGACCAUGGGAAGCCAAUCGUUGAGAAUUCUCGUUCGUGCCAGUGUGAAUGCCCAUCCCUCAUCAGACUAUUCUCGUUCGUGCCAGUGUGAAUGCCCAUCCCUCAUCAGACUACUGAGAACAAAGGACAAUGGAUGGUACAUAGCAGAGCAUCGAGAUGGACACAACCAUGCAUUGUCACAAACAUAUGGCCAGACAAUACACUGGCCGUCACACAAGCAUAUUGACGUUUACAGCAAGGAUUUAGUGAAGCAGUUGAGGCAGAACAAUGUCAAUUUGUCAAAAGUCUACAUCAUUAUUGGCAGCUUUUUUGGAAAGAUGGAGAAUGUGCCAUUUACCAAAAGAGCUCUGCGGAAUUUGUGUGGCAAGAUAAGCCGGGAGCAAGCAGAAGAUGAUGUUAGGAAAACAAUGGAAGUGUUUCAUGAUCUGUGCUCAAAGGAUCCACAAUUCACGUAUCGAGUUCAGGCAGACAAAGAGGGCAGGAUCAGCAACUUGAUGUGGGCUACAGGGAACAGUAGGCUCCAGUACAACUUCUUUGGGGAUGUCAUUACAUUUGACACAACCUAUAGGACCAACCUGUAUGACAUGCCAUUUGGGUUAUUUGUUGGAGUGAACAACCAUUUCCAGAGUAUCAUACUAGCUGGUGUGCUAGUUCGGCAUGAGACAGAGGAAACAUUUGAGUGGGUCUUCUCAGAGUUUGUUAGGAUAAUGGGGGGGAGGGCGCCACAAACAAUACUUACCGAUCAAAACAGGGAGAUGGAGGUUGCCAUAAGUAAUGUCAUGCCAAACACGGCUCACCGGUGGUGCAAGUGGCAUGUGCUAAAGAAGGCAAAAGAGUCGCUUGGCCCAUUGUACACAAAGAAGAGUGAUUUUCAACCAGAGUUUCACAAGGUUGUCAACCACAUGCUAACCAUAGAUGAGUUUGAGGAUGGCUGGAAGUACUUAAUAGAGAAAUACAACUUGAAAAGUCAUGACUACAUGACUAAUUUGUUUGAAAUACGUCACAAAUGGGCAAAGCCCUACUUCAAGGGGGUGUUCUGUGCAAAAAUGACCAGUACACAACGGAGUGAAAGCGCAAAUCACAUGCUAAAGAACUACGCGCCGCCUGGUUGCCCUAUGCAUGUUUUUGUGAGGAAGUAUAUGAGUUUAAUUUUUGACCGCGAGUCAGAAGAAAAUUAUGAGGAAAAGCGGACAGCAAUUGGGAGGCCACUCAUGCGAGCAAAUAUGGCAACUGAGAGACACGCUGGGAAGAUUUACACAAGAGCUAUGUUCGAGCAGUUUGGCCAUAUACUGUAUGAGUGUGGUGCAUAUCAGGUAGAAGAAAAAGAAAAAGGGAAAGAGUAUAUCGCAAUACAUACAGAUGCUGCACGGCGGGAGAAGUGGUGCAAAACCUCAUACAAGGUGACGGUGAUUGAAGGUGGAGAUGAAUUUGAUUGCGAGUGCGGACAGUUUGCCCACAUGGGGCUGUUGUGCAGCCAUAUACUGAAGGUAAUGGACUUCAUUCGUGUGACAGAAAUCCCAAAGAAGCACAUUGUGAAAAGGUGGACACGAGAUGCGAGAGAUGUGCUUCCAGCCCACCUGAUGCAGUACCAGAGAGACAACGCUCAGGAAAACCCAUUUAGUUUCAGGCAUUUCAAUCUGUACAAGCAAGCCAUGGAGCUUGUACGCAUGGGAGACUCAAGUGUGGCAGCUUACGACCGCUUGACAUCACUAUUCAAUCACUGUGCAGCCGAGAUGAAGCUGUACACGGAUGUCAGAGAUGGCCUAGGUUUGGAGUACAGGUUAGCCGACAAUGGUACUGUUCAGAAAAUGUUACAAUCAGGAGGCGACGUAUGCAAUCCGUUCGAAGCUACACAAGUCGACGACGGAAACGAUGACAGCAACUCGUCUAAUGAGUCUGCAAAUAGGAUCGAUAACCUGCUGGCACCUGCCAGACGGAAGCAAGUUGGGAGGCCGACAAUGAGUAGGGAGAAGGCGCCAUACAAAGGUUUAAGUAAGAGAACUAGGUUCUGCGGGAUAUGUAGGCAGUAGGGACACAAGCGGACAACCUGUCACGAAUGAGGAGAUGUACCAAAGCAGCCACGCAAACCAGCAAGAUGCAAGAAUUGUGGAGUUGAAGGACACCGGAGGAACAAUUGCCACAAGGCCGCGCAACUAAGGCUGGUUUAAUGCUCGAAAGAGCUAUAUGGUGUCCAUCUUAAUAAGAUAAAUUUCAAUUUCAUCCUACUGACCUAUUUUUGAUAUCUGAGGACUAGACGUAACCCAGGUACCAUGUAUGUUUAGCUGUUAUCUGUUAAACCAGUUUCAUCCUAUUGAAAUGUUUGCUCUGAAUUUUCUGAAUAUGUACUGGUCAUGUUGAUCAUGUAUACGGUUGUUAAAUUUUAGAGUUAAUACCACAAUUGGUA